AGGGCCAAGAAAUCUUUCACCUGCACUCAGUGUGGAAAGAGUUUCACAUACAAACAUAUUCUUGAGCUUCACAUGAGAGUUCACACUGGAGAGAAACCGUUCACAUGUGAUCAAUGCGGGAAGAGUUUCUCACAAUCAGCAAACCUUAAGAAACACAUGGACAUCCACACUAGAGAGAAACUGUACACAUGUGAUCAAUGCAGCAAAACAUUUUUUAGAGCUUCAUACCUGAAACAGCACCUGGUAGUUCAUAUAAAGGAGAAACCACAUUCAUGUCAUUUGUGUGGAAAUAGGUUUUCACGUCGACAAAGUUUGAAAGAACAUCAGAAAAUUCAUACUGGUGUGAGAGAGUACAUGUGCUUUGAGUGUGAAAAGACUUUUACUUCAGCAAAGUAUUUAAAACGGCACGAGAGGAUCCACACGGGAGAGAAACCUUACAAGUGUACACACUGUGACAAGAGAUUCAUUCAGUCAGCAAAUCUGAAAAGACACGAGAGCAUCCACACUGGAGAGAACCCGUACACAUGUGAUCAGUGCGGGAAGAGAUUCACACUAAAAGCAACCCUUAAGGAUCACAUGGGCAUCCACACUAGAGAGAAACCGUACACAUGUGAUCAAUGUGACAAAACAUUUUUGUGUGCUUCAGACCUGAAGAAACACCUGGUAGUUCAUACAAAGGAGAAGCCACAUUCAUGUCAUUUGUGUGGAAAGAGUUUUUCGCGUCCAGAACAUUUAAAAGUGCAUCAGAAAGUACAUACUGGUGUGAGAGAGUACAUGUGCUUUGAGUGUGAGAAGACUUUUAUUUCAGCGAGCUGUUUAAAACAGCAUGAGAGGAUUCACACUGGAGAGAAACCUUAUCAGUGUUCACACUGUGACAAGAGAUUCAAUCAUUCAGGAAAUCUGAAAAAACACGAGAUGAUCCACACUGGAGAGAAACCACACACAUGUGAUCAGUGCGGGAAGAGAUUUUUGAGAGCUUCACACCUGAAGCGGCACCUGAGAGUUCAUACAAAGGAG